AUGCCCUCAAAACUUCCAUUAAAUAUCGUAUUUUUUGGUACAGAUGAAUUUUCAAUUCCUAUUCUUCAUAAAUUAGCAAGUUGCGCCCAAAGGAUACAUAUGGUAAGUGCCGGGGGUAAAAGGCCUAGAGGUAGAGAUCCCAUUUCAUUACCAUCAGCUGCUAAAGAAGCAAAAAAAAUUGGAAUUGAAUGUGUUGUAUUGAAAAAAGGAUGGGACGGGUUUCAGUUAAAGCCCGAUGACCACUUGGCUGUCUCAGCUAGUUUUGGCCGCUUUAUUCCUGAAUCAAUUUUGGGACGAUUAGUCUACGGAGGCAUUAAUAUUCAUCCUUCAUUUCUUCCAAAGUAUCGAGGAGCGAGUCCCAUAUACUCAACGAUUCUUAAGGACGAUACACAAGCUGGUGUGACAAUUCAGAGGAUGGACACAAGGGAGUUUGAUAAAGGAAAGGCGCUUGCUCAAGGUGUACUUUCUCUUCAUGGAGAUGAGCAUUAUAAUAAUCUUAGAGACAAGCUUGCAAAGGGGGCUUCAUCAAUGCUUGAUUCAGUACUGCAACAGGCGCUCUACAAAAGAUCAAACCCAAACCCCGAACUAGAACCUACCAUUUAUGGAAUUCUGACAGAUACAGGAGAAUUCCAAAGAAGUGAAAGUGCCCUACCAAUUCCCGCAGCAAGUUGGGCCGGAAAGAUAUCUCCAGAAAGCGCUCGCAUAAAUUGGGAGUCAAUGACAAGCCGACAAAUAUACAAUAUUACCAGAGCGUUUGAACAUGCAUGGACUACAAUUAAUGGAAAGAAGGUAUUUCUUUAUAAUUUAAUGCCUUUACAGCAAUGGUUGAGCCAAUUUAGAGUCGAUGUUUCUAAUGACAUCAAUGAUUGGAAGCAGAUGCAACCAGGCCAAUUCUUCUUGUUCAAAAAAAAUUUAUUCAUAAUUAAAACUCUUGACUCUGCUAUUGUUGUGAUGGGUGGAGUUCAGCGACAAACUGGAUCUUUGGUUCCAGCAAUAGAAUGGGUAAGAACAUUCAACAGCGGUAAAGGAGGAGUGUUCACUACUGGAUUAUAA